AUGACGAGACAAGAAGAAUCGCCACAGGGCCGGUGUGGCUCGCUCGCGCCGCACACAAUAUACGAGACGGAGGCCGCCGAGCUUACGGACCUUUCGGCCGAGUGCACGUUCAAGUGCGGCGAGACAAUAUCCCGACGUCUCUGGGAUGCCAAAGACGACUGCACGGCGCACGCCGACGACCCGUCGGCUCCCGACACGGUGCUCUACCUCGCCUACGGAUCCAACAUGUGCGCGCAGACGUUUCUCGGCAUGCGCAAGAUCAAGCCCCUAUCCCAGAUGAACGUGUACGUUCCCAGCCUGCGCCUGACGUUUAGUCUGCCGGGAAUCGCGUACAUGGAGCCGUGUUUCGCCAAUGUCGAGUACCGCGACGGCCCCGCCGCGCCCGACGACGGCCGCGGCCACCCGGACGAGCGCUGGGAUGGCUGUCUGGUCGGCGUCGUGUAUGAGGUCACCAAGGCAGACUGGCGCAACAUCAUGCGCACAGAAGGCGGCGGCGCCAGCUACCAAGAGAUUGUUGUGCCCUGCAUCCCGCUGUCCACUUCGGUCAGCGGCGCCGCGCCGCUGCCUGGCACCUUCAUGGCCCGCACGUUGCACGCGCCGCGCACACCCAACAGCAAGCGCCCCAACCACUGCAGCUGGUGGGAUCGCCUCACGACUGGGCCGUACCGUCCGCGCGACGACUACGCGCAGCCUAGCCUACGUUACAUCAAGCUACUGCGGGCUGGCGCCCGCGAGCACGAUCUGCCACAAGUCUACAAAGACUACCUAGACUCGACGCAGCCGUACACGCCGACGCACAUCGGGCAAAAGAUUGGAAAAUUCGUUUUCAUACUCCUCUUUGGACCUCUGUUCCUGUUGAUGAUUCGCAUUUCAGCAUUAUUCGCUGAUGAGCAGGGUCAGGCGCCCAAGGCCUUGGCGAUGAUGAUGACGAUCAUGUCCAACACGAUGUGGAUCGGCUAUGACCAUGUGCUGAAGCCGAUUUUUGGGGAGGGUGAGAGAACGGUGGUAGAGGGUGAUGCAAAGAGGGAGACGGCAAAUUCAGUCAGUGAAAAGCGAGCGUUGUUAGAAGCAUAUUCAUCAUGA